ACUUGAAAGAGGCCUUGAAGGCAGCUGUUAUCAAACAUGAGCCGAGUGGGCGGUAACCGACAUGUUUAACAAAUAGAUGACAGUUUCUGCAAGAGACGCCGUGAAAACGGGACUUCAUCGCCAAGGAGGAAGGAUGUUUCUGCAAAAACUGAUGGUCUAUUUUUCGACAGCAUGCAUGUUUUGCUACAUGGUCUCACUCAAUGUCGUACUCAGGAUUAUGCAUUCUAUUUCACCAAGCCUCACCAAAAAGCAAAUCCUCAGCAUAGGUGAAAAGACAACCAUGACCCUGAAUCCUAACUUUAAGUAUGAAGAUUGGGGUCUGACGUUUAAAUCAUUCAACUUCGUCAAAAUCGCAUCACAGCACAUGUGGCUGUCUCUCGGACAAGAGGCUUUUGAAGGAGGAGAAGCUCCGGACUCACCUGUGGUCACCAUGAACGGAGAGAAAACAAGUGUAUGCAAGUACUUGAAAGACAACAGACCGCUGGUGCUGAAUUUUGGGAGCUGCACCUGACCCCCGUUUAUGUUCAAACUUGACGAGUUCAAGCAACUCGUCAAGGACUUCAGCGAUAUAGCUGACUUUCUUGUGAUCUACAUCGCCGAGGCACACUCAACAGAUGGUUGGGCCUUCACCAACAACAUUGACAUCAACCAGCACCGCACCCUGGAGGAGAGACUCUCUGCAGCACAGAUCCUGGUUCAAAAGGAGCCCCUGUGUCCAGUGGUUGUGGACGAAAUGAAUAAUGUCACCGCCAUAAAGUAUGGUGCUCUGCCUGAGAGGCUUUAUGUGCUGCAGGCUGGGAAAGUCGUGUAUAAGGGAGGGAUGGGGCCUUGGGGCUACAGUCCGUUUGAGGUUCGUUCAUUUCUGGAGAAGAUGAAAUAAGAAGAUUGUUAAUUCAAGACAAGGCAUGUCUUAUAUGGAGGAGGAUCUCUGUGUUCAGUACAGGAUGGGUGGGUGUUAACAUUUUAACCAGCAUAUAUUCCUGAUGUAACGUGACACCAUGUAUACUCUUGUUUUUCUUCAGACAACAAGUACACUGCCACACCUACAUGUAGUUCUAUAGCUGCUCUCAGGCAUCUCUUACAUCAACCAGUGCAUGAGUAGAAAUAUUGGAAUCCCUCCAAACUUGCACUAAUAUUGCCUACAGGCUCUCCUGUACCUCAAAAGCUGAUCUCACCUGUCAACCUCAGAGCUUGAACUCUCCUCUCAUUGUUUCUCAGUGACGACUACAGAUUAAACCGUUGGCCUCUGUAGCCAGAUGAAACGAAACACAGAGAGAGACAGUCCACUCAGAGUUUGUGUUUGAGGUGUUACAUAGCGUACAGGAGAUGUUGUGCGUGUCCAUGUAUUUGUGUGUGUGUGUGUGUGUGUUUUUUCAAGUUGUCUUAAUUCUAAAGUUUUGUUAAAGUUUAAAGACAAAAUCCUGAUAUAAGUCAGUGAAAGCACUUGUUUUCCAGUUCUCUUACGCUAAGGUUGACUGUUGUCUAUACAUUAAAUGAUCUAAGGUAAUUCAACAGGAGGCUGCUUUUUUACAUGAUGAUUACAGUGCAAACUUGAAGUGGCUGUAAUUUGAUGAAAAAUGACUUAAAAGUAGGCUUUCUCUGAAUGAUGUUGGAGCAUUUGUUAUCAGACACAUUUAAUGUAUAAUAAGCUCUCUCUACAACAAUUACUUUACCAGAAUUGCUGUUUAAUUGCAGUUUCAUUAACAUAUGUUUGAGUUAUAGAAUAGUACAAAAAAACCUAGGGAGACUCCUGCAUAAAGUCCUCAAUUUAUACUCAACAGAUAACAUAUGUUUUUAUCAGUAGCAAAUUAUCAGUUCUCACUCUGUCUUCUACUGUAAGGCAGUAUAGUUGAAUAGGCAUCACAUCACAUUCAGUUCAGUUCAUCCAGUGAUGAUGAUCCAAGUUAUUGCUCUCACAGUAAAUUAUUAAAAUGAGAGGCACCAGAACUGUGUGCAUGCUAUUGUUUGCCACAUCUGUAGUUGUACUGUCGCUUCUGUGAGUCAGCAUGACUCAUCAUCACCCCACCACCCCCCACCCCACGACCCAUUAAAGACAGAACAAGGAUUGUCUGCAAAGCUGAGGAGGUCUUCAAUUUUUUUUUUUUUUUUUUUUUUUUUUAACAUCAUGGUUCCUCAGAGAAAACUGCUGCAGGACUUUAAUGUUGACACACACACCAGUCUUGCACUGCACAAGGCUCUAUCUGUUGUUUGCUGUCUGGUCUGAAUGCGAUAAAUGGUAAACAUACUGUACCGUAUGUGGGUUACGCAAGUUCAACGAGUUCAGCGCGCACACAUACAUCCAUGUGACCUGUGGAGUGCUGCAUCUGAGCCCUGUUGUGUGUUAAUACCUAACUGUCUUAUCUUUACACAUGGGUUGAUUUUGGUUUAGAUUAUAUAAGAUGUUUGGAGGAGCUGCUCUGUUGUUUUACUUCUUACAUAGCAUUACGUAACAGUUAAAUCAAAUGUGAGUUUUGUGGCUUUUCGGGGUCAAUGUUUGAUUGAUGAAAGUCUGAGUAAGUGGUGAAUGAACACAAAAUGGCUUGGAACUAUUUUGAUUAUGCAAGAGUCGGAGACUUAAAUUUCCCAGAAGAAGAGGAAUAAUUAGACUCCCAACUGAAAACUAAAUUAAACUAAAUUUCUCCAUUGUGGGACUAAUAAAGGAUUAUCUUAUCUUGUUAUCUUAACUGUCUGACAGUAUUUUCCUAAUCACUUUUAUUGGCUUUCCUCUUGUCUUUAAGUUUUUGCUACUUCUGCCCAACAUUAACACUACCCCAAUAACCUGCUCAUGUAUUUGGAUUCAUUUUAAUCUGUUCCCCUAUAAUAUUUUUCAUAAUCCAAGCAAUAAAAGAGCAGCAUUGACGCAAA